AUGUUCAUCACCCUCUACUUCAUAGUCACUCGCCUCCCUGACUCCCUUCGCUCUCUCAGGGACCACUUCCUCACCCUCGACCCCACCUCCCUCACUGUUGCCCUCCUCGAGCAGCAUCUCCUUGCAGCUGAGACUAGUGCAGUUGCUGUAGGUGCUGGUCGUGGCACUCCGCGCUCACCCUUCUUUGAGGGGUGCUCCCCCUCCCCCCUUUCCUCCUCCUUCACCUCUGCUGCUGCUGCAGACGUCUCUGUUCCUGAGGACGUCGGUGCUGCUUCGACUAGUGCGAAGCGCCGCAACAGCAAGGGCAAGGGUGGACGGGGUAGUGGAGGAGGCAGCGGUGGUGGUGGAGGUGGCAGUGGGAGCGGUAGUGGGGGCAGCGGUAGAGGAGGUGGAGGCGGUGGAGGUGGUGGCGGCGGUGGGACCGGUGGCGGCGGUGGAGGCUCUGGUGGCGGCGGUGGAGGCAGCGGAGGGAGUGGCGGCAGUGGAGGCGGUGGGACCAGUGGUGGUCGGUCUGGACCUCACCGUGGAGGCCUUGGUGGUGGUCGGGGCCGGCAGCAGCAGCGUCGGAGCGAGAUCCAGACGCCCGAGCAGCUCCGUGAGUGGUUGGUUCAGCGAGGGGCGGGUGAGGGUAGUGAGACCUGCCCGUAUGUCAUUCGCACGGGUGCCCGUGCGGGCUGGACAUGCGGGAGGUUUCACACUGAGCGCCGCUGCUUUGCCCGCCUUAACGACGCCUGGCGUGCUGAGUUUGGUGGUGACGUCGAGCGCCGUCGCUGGGCGCAGUUGCUUCAGUAUAGCCGCUGCUGCUCUAGGUGCUAG